AUGAUUUCUCCACUAGUGCCGCCACCUCCUCGUAGCAGCUGCUCUACGGCAUGUGGCGACGUGAAGAUCUCGUAUCCUUUCGGGUUCGAGGCCGGCUGCUCGUGGCCUGGCUUCGAGCUCAUCUGCCGUGACACCAUCAAGGGCAAGAAGCCCUUCCUGCCACCGGUCACGGAGAGCGUUGGAUACUUGGAGCUGGAGAGCAUCUCUCUGCUCGAUGCGACACGGUCUACCUCCCCGGCCGAGGCAUACAGGCUCUCCGACACCGAGAAUAAGUUCAUAAUCGUUGGGUGCUACACGGUGGCGUACAUCACAGUUGGAGACAGGGAGGACAUGCGGUACGCCAGCGCGUGCUCGGCGUUUUGCGGGCCGAAAGGCAAUAACUUGACGAGCCUAAUGGAUGGCGCCUGCUCCGGCACAGGCUGCUGCGAGGCCACCAUCACCGAGGGACACACCUCCUACAAUACGAUGUUUGAUCCGGACUACAACACGACGCAGAUCUACAAUGUUAGCAGCUGCAGCUAUGCGGUGCUGAUGGAGUCAUCAAGAUUUAGCUUUCGGAGGAGCUACGUGAUGAAUUCAUCGCAGUUCAUCGAUACCAACGGCGGGCGGGUGCCAAUGGUCGUUGACUGGGCUGUGCAGAACGCGAGCAAUUGCGUGGAAGCGCAGAAAGAUCAUGACUCCUACGCGUGCAUCAGCAGCAACAGCGUGUGCGUCAACUCGUCCAGCGGACCCGGCUACAUCUGCAACUGUACUCAUGGAUACCAAGGAAACCCUUACCUAUUACACGGCUGCCAAGGGCUUGUUACCUGUGUAUUUGUUGGUCUAUUUGGUUUCCUUGGAUGGGAGGUGAUCCGGCACAGACAGAACACAAAAAAACAAGCUCUAUUAAGACAGACAGAUGAAUUUUUUCAACAACAUGGAGGUCAGCUACUGCUAGAAAUGAUGAAGGUAGAGGGCAAUGUUGGGUUUACCCUCUAUGAGAGAGGGCAGAUCGAAACUGCAACAAAUAACUUCAACAAGGCACACAUUGUCGGGGAGGGAGGACAGGGAACAGUUUACAGGGCAGAGAUAGAUGGCACUAUUGUUGCGAUAAAAAGGUGCAAGGAGAUUGAUGAGAGCAGGAAGAUGGACUUUGUACAGGAGCUGGUCAUACUUUGUCGUGUCAACCACCCUAACAUUGUCAAGCUACUUGGUUGUUGCCUACAAUUUGAGGCACCCAUGCUUGUCUAUGAGUUUGUGCAAAAUAGAACACUUCAUGAGCUAUUGGACUUCCAAAGGAACAGGAGUUGCCAUGUCACUUUGGGAACCCGCCUGAGGAUUGCCGCCGAGUCUGCCGAUGCGCUUGCGCAUCUCCAUUCGUUACCACACCCGAUACUCCAUGGUGAUGUGAAACCAGCGAACAUACUACUCACCGAAGAAUUGGUUGCAAAGGUGUCUGACUUUGGCUGCUCAACAAUUGAUGAGAAAACUCAGGUUGCGCCCAAGGGCACACCUGGAUAUCUUGACCCAGACUACCUGCUUGAGUAUCAGCUCACAGCUAAGAAUGAUCUGUAUAGCUUUGGAGUAAUUCUGGUUGAACUUCUAACUGGUAAGAGGCCACUAUCAAAAGAAAGGAAGACCUUGACCUCAAUGUUUAAGGAGGCUAUGACGGAUGGCACACUCAUUAAACUCCUUGAUAGUGACAUUGUUAAUGAAGACAACCUGAGAGUGAUCCAUCAGGCUGCAGUGCUAGCGAGUCAGUGCUUGAUUAUUCCAGGUACGGCAAGGCCAGAGAUGAGGUAUGUGGCAGAGCAGCUUCAGCAACUUGCAUUUGCAGAUGAAGUGCAGCAAGAUCCACAGCCACCGCUUGUGCUUGCGGGUCUUAGGUUUACGGCAGAGAUGGCAAAUACACGUACAACAUCCUCAUGGCAAACUGAUAGCAAGACUACCGGGGUUUACAGCCUCGAGAAGAAUGUUAGACUUUGCUCUAGGAUCACCUAG